AUGCAUAUCAGUACGGCACGAAUAUUGGGAAAGUGUUUAAGAUCGCCGCUGUCGCAGAAAAUUCUCAGCUUGACUAAUACUCGCCAAAAGCAUGAGAUUCCGAAACAUUUGCAAAAGGUACCCAAGGAGAAAAAUCCAGGAUUUUCACAAAUGGUUGAAUACUAUUACCAUGCAGCCGCACAAAUUAUGGAACCAAUGAUGAUAAAGGAACUGGAAAAGUAUCCUUGGAUGAAGAAAGAGCAACGUGAAGAACGCGUCCGUGGUUUACUGAGAAUGAUUGGAUCAACUACCACAAUGUUGGAAGUUACUUUCCCCAUCAUCAGAGAUAAUGGUAGUUAUGAAUUAAUCACUGGCUAUCGGGCACAUCAUACCAGACAUCGACUACCGCUCAAGGGAGGCAUACGUUAUGCCAUGGACGUUGACUCCGAUGAAAUUCGAGCCUUAGCUUAUCUGAUGGCAUUCAAAACCGCUUGUGUGAAUGUGCCUUUUGGCGGUUCCAAGGGUGGGAUAAGAAUCGAUCCCAAAAAGUAUACUUCACAAGAAUUGCAGACGAUUACAAGACGCUUCACCAUGGAGCUAUUGAAACGCAAUAUGAUAGGGCCGGGUAUAGAUGUACCCGCACCUGAUGUCAAUACAAGUGAGCGAGAGAUGAGUUGGCUCGUGGAUCAAUACAUGAAGACAUUUGGUUACAAUGACCUCAAUGCAUUGGCUAUAACAACCGGUAAGCCAGUUGCAAUGGGGGGUAUAAAUGGCCGAACUGCGGCAACAGGACGCGGCCUGUUCAAGGCAGCUGAUUGUUUCAUUAUGGAUAAAGAUUGGAUGGAUCUAUUGGGAUGGAAAACUGGUUGGAAGGAUAAGACAGUGAUUGUACAGGGUUUUGGAAAUGUCGGAUCCUAUGCAUCUAUUUCUGUAGUGGAAGCUGGUGCGAAACUUAUAGGUGUACAAGAAAUCGAUGUGUCGCUUGUGAAUGAAAAAGGCAUCGAUCCCAAGGAUUUAAUGGAAUAUUAUAUAAAGAAUAAGAAAUCUAUCAAAGGCUACACGAAGGCGACGCAGAAAAGCGGCAGUCUGUUGGCUGAAAAAUGCGACAUACUGAUGCCGUGCGCAACACAAAAAGUGCUCACUGCUGACAAUGCUGGCAGUGUGCAGGCCAAAUUAAUUUUGGAAGGCGCCAAUGGGCCAUCGACACCUGCUGCUGACGAAAUACUACGCAAGAAGAAUGUUCUCAUCAUACCCGACAUGUAUUGCAAUGCUGGUGGCGUGACGGUGUCUUACUUUGAGUAUUUAAAGAAUAUAAAUCAUGUAUCCUAUGGCAAAAUGCAUGUGAAACGCGAUAAGCUUAUGAUCAAUGAAAUCUUCAACUCCUUGAACGGCGAUGGUAAAGAAGACGCUAAAUUCAAACCAAAUAAAAUGCUGGAGAAAAUCCGGGAUUGCACCAAAGAGGCGGAAAUUGUAGAUGCCGGGUUGCAAACUGUUAUGGAAUCUUCUGCUCAGGGCAUCAAAGAGGUGGCGCACGAGUUUGAGCUUUGCAAUGAUUUGCGAACGGCGGCUUUUAUUUAUUCAAUAUCGAAAAUUUUCCGAGCCUUAGAAGUGGCAGGUGUAACUCAGCAAUAG